AUGGCUAAGGAAGUCCGCAAGGUCCCCUUGAAACCCAUCCGUGCCUGGGAGGAGACAAGACCUCCUCGAAGGAAGAGUCCGCGGAAGAGGCCACAGCAGCAGCAGGAGCUGUGUGUGCCUCAGCCCUUCCAUGCUGAUUCACCAUCACCUGGGAAUGCCUCCUGCUUUAUGGGGCCAGACUCGCAGGAGAAAGAGAGCCUAGAGUACAUCAACGCCUUUCUCAAGGGCAAUGAACAGGAGGAGGCCAAGAAACUUGAAUUCUUGGAUUGUGUCAUCACCAUCAGCAGGGCCGUCCUCACGAGGCACCCACAGAGAAACCUGGCAGCUUUUCUUGGCAAAGCCCUCCUUGUGAAAAAGAUAAAGGAGCUGAUUGAUCUUGAGUCCGUCGACUCCCUGACCAGCGGGGUGCGUCAGCAAGCGAUGCUCGCCAUCAUGGAGCUGAGCAAAGUGAAGCCACUGCUGCGGGGAAUGGAGCUAUCCAGCCUGCUCAAUGUCUGCUUCUCCAGCACCUUCUCCCUGCCUCCAGCAGAGACCAACCAGGGCCUGGAGGCUGCUCUAUACGACAACACUCUGAACACCAUGGAUGAGCUGUUGAAGGCCUUGGUGUGCGAGGAGGAGAAGCCCAAUCUUGUGGUGCUGCAAAACAUCAUGGAGGUCCUGCUCCCCUGGACCGCAUCCAAGGAGGUGCAUGUGCGGCUGAGGGCAGUGGGAAGAAUCACCUGGCUGACCAAAUUCAUCUCUGGUCAACACCAAUUCAAGGGACUGGAGGAGUUCAGAGUCCUGGGCCAGCUGGUGGGCUGUCUCACUCUGCGCUGUGCUGAGCAGGAGCAGGAGAUCUGCCGAUCGGCUAUGGAGGGACUUCACCACCUCUACAACUUCAUGCUGCGGCAAAAACUUCAUCUGGAAGGCUCGACGCUGGCAAAGCAGAGUGCAGAGUAUCUGCAGGUCUUCAGGGAGUGGCGAGCGGAGAACACCUUCUGGGUCACCUGGUUCACCAACACCAGCAAUAUCGCCAUGAUGUUUGGGAAGUACUUCAACCCAUCCGAGCGCAUGGACUUCCUCCUCACUGCUAUCGAGGGCAUGAGAGACACCAGCGUCCAUGACUCGGUGGCGGCCAGGCACAUGCUGCAUGUGAUCCUGUGGGUCCCCAGCCCAAGCUUGGAGAGGGUGUCGGAGGCUGUCAUGAGCAUCUACCACAACCUGGACUCCAUCAGCGAGCCGCUGGCCCAGCAGCAGCUGCUCAGGGCCCUUGUCGUGCUGGGCCACCAGUACAGCGAGGAGGUGGUCACAACCCUGCUGGGCUGCUCGCUGUCAUGUGACAGCGUUGCUGUGGAGAUGUGGAGGGUGCUGACAUCCCACCCCAAGACCGCAGGAAAGGUCCUACGGGAGCUGCUCGACAGGCUGCAGGAAUGGCCGCUGCGCCAGCAUCACGAUGUCUCUCAGCAAGAGGCUGGCGUCGCCCCCUUGGCGGUAAGUUCCAGCCCCUGCAGCAAGGGAAGGAGCGCCGUGUUCCCCCUCCACGGCCUGAGGGUGGGGAAAAUCCAGCGUCAGCAGCCAGUCAUCGUGGAGCGGCUACACGAGGCAGACAGGGGCAUCAUCUCCAAUGCCAUCACCGUGCUGAGAGACAUCCUCGCCGGCAUGGACAGGCAGAGCGCCAGCACCGUGGCUGUGCAAGUGGCUGAGAAACUCCUGCCGUUCUUUCAUGACGAGUCCAGCAAACUCCGGGUGCUCUCCAUCGCCCUCUUUAAACACCUGCUGGAGCUUGUAAGGGAGCCCAGCAGGGGAAAGAUGAAGGAGCUCGUCCUCCAGAGCCUGGUCCCGCUGCUCCUCCUCCUGCAUGAUGAGCGUCCCAAUGUGUCCCAGGUGUGUUGGGACGCCCUCAGCCGUGCUGUGGAGUUCCUAAGGUGGAGCCAGCUCGGUGCUCUCGUCCAGCGAAAGGAGCUUUGGCGAGGCUGUGACUGCCUGGUGGCGUGCUACAAGGAGAGGGCAGAAACCUUCCUCUGCCAGGCCAUGGCCUUUCUGAAAAACCCGCAGGCUCCCAUUAGAGAAGCGGCCAUCAGGUUUCUAGGUAACCACAGAGCAGAGGGGUCCCUUAAGCAGGGGGGCUGGCUCCAGUUUCAAGCUCUUCUCAGUCCCUGCCGGCAGCGAGAAGUAACGCCUGGGCUCCUGAUUGCCGAAUGA